AUCCGAACCAAAAUUCCCUCCCUUCCCUUCACCCUCCCUUUUUAUUUUUAUUUUUUUUCCCUCGUUUUCUGCUCACUUUCUCUCUCCCGCUUUUUCCAUUUCCUUCUUCCCAAACACCAGAUCUACCCUUAAUUCCCACCAAAAACCCCCCCCUUUUGCCCACAAUUCCGUUACCUUCCCUCCUUAUCUUUCCUUCAAACAAUCCCCCCCAGAAAACCCCCAAAAUCCUUUUAUUUUUCUUUGUUUUUAAUUUAAUUUUAAGUUUUUAUGUGAUGUCGGGUUCUCAAGCUUCGGAGCAGUUAAAGCAAUCCAUGCAGCAGCAACAGCAACAGCUGCAAAAUCAACAGCAACUAAAACGACAGCUACCUUUCUCUAUGAAGCCGCCGUUUAUGGCUCCUGGAGGCGACUAUCACCGCUUCCCUUCAACUGAGCCUCGCCGCAUCGCCGAUCAAGAUGCCGAAGCAAUCGUCGUUAAGUCUCCCUUAAAGAGGAAGAGUGAUAUAGCAGAUCGGGAAGUUGAGUCUAGUGAGUGGACAAUGCCUCCUGGAUACACUGAAGUGGUUAGCAGUCCCCUCCAGACUCCUGUAUCAGGAAAAGGGGGGAAGGCUAAAACAUCAAGGCUAACAAAAAGCAGUAAAGCUGGUCCUCAAACUCCUGCUUCAAAUCUUGGUUCUCCUGGCAACAAUCUCACUCCCUCAGGUCCUUGUCGUUAUGACAGCUCCUUAGGGCUUUUGACAAAGAAGUUCAUCAAUUUGAUUAAACAAGCUGAAGAUGGUAUUCUUGAUUUAAAUAAGGCUGCUGAUACCUUGGAGGUGCAAAAGAGGAGGAUAUAUGACAUAACCAAUGUUCUUGAAGGAAUUGGUCUGAUUGAAAAGAAACUCAAGAACAGAAUUCAGUGGAAGGGGCUUGAUGUCUCAAGACCAGGGGAAGUUGAUGAGAAUGUUGCUACUUUGCAGGCAGAAGUUGAGAACCUUUCUAUUGAGGAACGCAGAUUAGAUGAACAAAUAAGAGAAAUGCAAGAACGAUUGAGGGACCUCAGUGAAGAUGAAAAUAAUCAAAAGUGGCUUUUUGUCACUGAGGAAGAUAUCAAGAACUUACCCUGCUUCCAGAAUGAAACACUGAUAGCUAUUAAAGCUCCACAUGGAACCACACUUGAAGUCCCAGAUCCUGAUGAGCAGGCUGUUGACUAUCCCCAGAGGAGAUACAGGAUUGUCCUCAGGAGCUCAAUGGGUCCUAUAGAUGUUUACCUUGUCAGUCAAUUUGAGGAGAAAUUUGAAGAGAUACAAGGGGUAGAUCCACCUCCGAACUUUCCAUCAACUUCAGGCUUGAAUGAGAAUCCAGGAACAACAAUGGUAACGGAGGAGAGCAGAGGGAAGGAGAUUGAACCACAGGGCCAAGAUACUAAUAGAAUGUGCUCAGAUCUUAAUGCGUCACAGGACUUUGUGAGUGGGAUCAUGAAGAUCGUUCCCUCAGAUGUUGAUAGUGAUGCUGAUUAUUGGCUUUUAUCAGAUCCUAGCAUUAGCAUCACUGACAUGUGGCGGACUGAACCUGAGGUUGGAUGGAAUGAGUUUGGUACACUUCAUGAUGAGGAUUAUGGCAUGGGUGCUGUUAGCACACCACGUCCACAAACGCCUCCAUCAAAUGCAAAUGAAGUGCCAUCUGCUAAUUAAACUGGGAGGUGAAGGGCAUAUUUGUGUUUGCGGAAGUGAUGAGCCCUUUGCUUGUAUUUUAGUGAGAGCAUUCCUGAUGCUGUGGAGAUUGGUGUGAAUGGUUCGCAAAAGUUGGCUACUUGAUGUUCCUCAAAGGUUGAGGAACUAAAGAAUAGGAAGUAGGUAGAACAAUCACUGUACAGCUAAGUAAUACAAAUGAUCCACGUGAUCUUGUAGUAAAUAAGGUCAUAUUUUAUCUGAGUUAGUCCCUGUAUAUUAUUCCUCUUCUUUUACCUUUUUAUUGCAUUAACCAGAACUUGUUAUUAGAUUGACUGGCAUAGGGUCGUACAGACAUGUGGCAAACAAAUGAUCUGAUGUACCUUGUUUUUACUAUAUUGAGCAAAUUUUGAUGAAAUAAAUAUGUUACGAGAUGUUUAGUGCAUGGCAAGGCAGUUUUUGAGAAGUUUUUCCCUCUCAAUAUUACCAGAAAUAUACAAAGGCCGAGGCUGGCUGGCUGCCUGCAAUGCACUUGUAUCGCAGAAAGAGGUGUUGCCUUGUCGCCCAUGAGAGAUUGAUUAAAUUUGGUAGGGGCAUUUGAACUAGGAUACUCGGACCUUUUACCAAGAUUGAUUAAAUAUGCCUUUACUCUUUACUAAGCUGCAGAAUUGUGAGGAGGUUUGGGUUUAUUUUGGUUCUAAAAUCAGUGCUGCACACACUGGGGAUGUACUAGGUACGAAGCAGGAGAAAGUUGAUUGGCAUUGGAUCAUUUGGUUCGAGUGUCAUAUACAAAGGCAUGCUACUGUGGCCAUUCUUGACAGGUUGCCUACUCAGAAAAGAUUAUGCUCUUGGGGCCUUGUUUCUGCAAAUACCAUCUGUUUGUUUUGUGAUCAGGUGAUUUGAGUCUGGGGACCAUUUGUUCUUGCUUGGAGUGCAUGUAUCCAUGUCUUGUGGAGAGAAAGACACAGGAGACUUCAUGGAGGUCAAGCCAAUACCAUAACUGCAAAAUUUGAUUGUAUUGCAGAUUCUAUUAGGAUUCGACUCAGUAUUUGAGGGGAUUCAAUAAUAAAGAUCCUUUUGUAGCUUGGGGAUUAGAUGACAGAAUGUUUGCCUAAACUUUUGUAUUUUACUUUGUGACUUUGUAGCAGGUUUACAUGCUUUCUUUGGAUAAACACAAAUUCGAUUAUCCCAAAAAAGAAAAGUAAUUCUAGAAAAAAAAAAAGAAAAGAAAAGAAGGAUUCAGUUCCUCUAUCAUUAUCAGGAAUUGCAGAAAAUAAUUUUGAUAUGAAAUGUUCCCGGAGGCAGAAGUUGUAUUCAGGCUUAUUGUUUUACAUGAUUACAAUCUUAUGUGUGUUUUCAACAAAUCAACAGUAGUCUUGCAAUUAACUCGACUGCAAGCACUUGAAAUCAACCAACAUCAUUUUGGCGCUACAAGAAAAACUCUACUCUCCAUGGGAAACACCACAGAGAAAAAAAAAAAAAAA